UGCCGCCGCCUUCUCUUCCUCAGGGCUCCCCCUCCGCACGCCCUCCGACGCUGAUCAGGUAUGGUCUGAAUAUGCGUUGCUUGGCAGCUCGGGUCAACUAUAAGACUUUGAUUAUCAUCUGUGCACUCUUCACUUUGGUCACAGUACUUUUGUGGAAUAAGUGUUCCAGCGACAAAGCGAUCCAGUUUCCACGGCACUUGAGUAGUGGCUUCAGAGUGGAUGGAUUAGAAAAAAGAGCAGCAGCAUCUGAGGGUAACAACUAUGGGAACCGCAUGGCCAAACAACAGUCUGAGGAGGCACUCCCUCAAGAGCAGCAGAAAGCACCCCCUGUCGUUGGGGGCCUCAAUAGCAAUGGGGGAAGCAAGGUGGUAGGGCUCAAAUAUGAAGAAAUUGACUGUCUCAUAAAUGAUGAACACACCAUUAAAGGAAGACGAGAAGGAAAUGAAGUCUUUCUUCCAUUCACUUGGGUAGAGAAAUAUUUUGAUGUUUAUGGAAAAAUGGUUCAGUAUGAUGGCUAUGAUCGAUUUGAAUUCUCUCAUAGCUAUUCCAAAGUCUAUGCACAGAGAGCCCCUUAUCACCCUGAUGGUGUGUUUAUGUCCUUUGAAGGCUACAACGUAGAAGUCCGGGACAGAGUCAAAUGCAUAAGUGGAGUUGAAGGUGUGCCAUUAUCUACACAAUGGGGACCUCAAGGCUAUUUCUACCCAAUUCAGAUUGCACAGUAUGGGUUAAGUCAUUACAGCAAGAAUUUAACUGAGAAACCCCCUCACAUAGAGGUAUAUGAAACAGCAGAAGACAGGGACAAAAACAGCAAGCCCAAUGAUUGGACUGUGCCAAAGGGCUGCUUUGUGGCUAGUGUGGCUGAUAAGUCUAGAUUCACCAAUGUUAAACAGUUUAUUGCUCCAGAAACCAGUGAAGGUGUGUCCUUGCAACUGGGAAACACUAAAGACUUUAUUAUUUCAUUUGACCUCAAGUUCUUGACAAAUGGGAGUGUGUCCGUGGUUCUAGAGACCACAGAAAAGAAUCAGCUCUUCACUGUACAUUAUGUCUCAAAUACCCAGCUAAUUGCUUUUAAAGAAAGAGACAUAUACUAUGGCAUCGGGCCCAGAACUUCAUGGAGCACGGUUACCAGGGACCUAGUCACUGACCUCAGGAAAGGAGUGGGUCUUUCCAACACAAAAGCUGUCAAGCCAACCAAAAUAAUGCCCAAGAAGGUGGUUAGGUUGAUUGCAAAAGGGAAGGGAUUCCUUGACAAUAUUACCAUCUCUACCACAGCCCACAUGGCUGCAUUCUUUGCUGCUAGUGAUUGGCUGGUAAAGAACCAGGAUGAGAAAGGUGGCUGGCCAAUUAUGGUGACCCGUAAGUUAGGGGAAGGGUUCAAGUCUUUAGAGCCAGGGUGGUACUCUGCCAUGGCCCAAGGGCAAGCCAUUUCUACAUUAGUCAGGGCCUAUCUGUUAACAAAAGACCAUAUGUUCCUCAAUUCAGCUUUAAGGGCAACAGCCCCUUACAAGUUUCUGUCAGAGCAGCAUGGAGUUAAAGCUGUGUUUAUGAAUAAACAUGACUGGUAUGAAGAAUACCCAACCACACCUAGCUCUUUUGUUUUAAAUGGCUUUAUGUAUUCUUUAAUUGGGCUGUAUGACUUAAAAGAAACUGCAGGGGAAAAACUCGGGAAAGAAGCAAGGUUCUUGUUUGAGCAUGGCAUGGAAUCCCUUAAAGCCAUGCUGCCCUUGUACGACACUGGCUCAGGAACCAUCUAUGACCUCCGUCACUUCAUGCUCGGCAUCGCUCCUAACCUGGCCCGCUGGGACUAUCAUACCACCCACAUCAAUCAGCUGCAGCUACUUAGUACCAUUGAUGAGUCCCCAAUCUUCAAAGAAUUUGUCAAGAGGUGGAAAAGCUACCUUAAAGGCAGCAGGGCAAAGCACAACUAGAGCUCACAACCAAAAUCAUAUUUCAGCCUCUGCUGUACACAGAAACUACAGGCUCUGUCUCAGCAGAGCAUAGGCACAUUUUAAAAGGUGUGUACUAGGUUUUUGUGGACUGUAUCAAAGUGAUAAGUAAUCCUUAAAACCAGUCUUCUGAAAUAAUUGCAUUCCAUGGGUUGGGUGUUUAGAAAUGUGGGUGGCAUUUAGAGCAGAAAGUGUUGAAGUCAAGGGUCUGAACAAAAGUGUUUAACUUUGCCUUGCUUGUUACCCUGUACAGUUCCACACUUGGUCCAGUCACUCUCAGUUUGGGAAAGAUAAUGGUAAGUGGCUAUCACCAGCCAACUGUCUGGCACUUACCUGAAAACUUAGUAUGGAGCUCUUUUGAAAUGUGAUUAUCUAUAUUUAUGUUGAAAGCAGAUUUUUUAAAAAUUAAUGUGCUAUAAUACAGUAAAUUCGUACUUUUAGCCUGGAUAGUGGACUCUAUUCAACUUUUUUAAAAGGUGUUUCUUUUCUAUACAUUAAUGUCUUGGGAGCAAAUGAGCAUUUGUUGCAUUUGUUGAAUGUGUUCUAUAUGGAGAAUAUUUUGAAUUAUGAUUUUCUUGAAAUGUGUAAAUUAAAAACACAACCAGUGUUCAGGCUUCACAAUUAUAUUAUGUAAGCACAACUAAAAUGAAACUUGUUGACUGCACAAGAUAUUACAAAAAUGUUAUGUUUUAUGAAACUUGAUCUACUAUCAGUAAGAGUUUGAUAAUCAGUCUAUCCCUCCUCCGCCCCCAUUGUGAUGGUUUCUUCUUGUCACUAUCUAGAAUUUUGUAUUUUAUUUCAGGCUACACUUGAGAGUUUUGCUCAUUUGGGGGGGGGGGACAUUAUUUGGGAAAUUUAUUACAAACCUAAAUUUGGGAAGGAGCUAAUAAGUUCCCCAACACUCUCUUUUAGGACUUUUUUUACCCUUUAAAGAAAAAUACUAGGUCAAAUAUUACAUACAAGAAUCUAUAGGGGAUUUUUUUUCCCUACCCAGAUGAUCACUCUUGAUUAUCAACUUUCCAAACCAUGGAUUGUAUGUGGGUUUUUUUUCUUUGAAAUUUAAUUUUAAAUUAUUCCAGCUAUUAGAUAGAAGAGAUGCUAUUGCAUUUGCUAUACAUGUGUAAUCAGAUUUUUAUUUAGGUUCUAUAUACUUCACAUAAAUAGGUUUUAGAGCCCUCGUACCAUGGGCAGUGUCUGCUAUAGGGCUUCAGGCAUUCGGUUAAAACCAAGGGGGAUUGAUUUUGCUCUGGCUUUUGUUUCAGGGUAUGACAAUACACUAAAUUAAUACUAUGACUUAUAUAGUUUGGAAAUAUGAGACCCCGCACUUUCAGAGAACUGAAUCUGACAAAAACAAUGCUGUUUGUCUGUGACCUAUAUCAAGUGCACAUUUAAGAACCAGGUGAGUUACCUGCCUACCCACUAUAUCUUAAUUGAAUUCAGCCUGCCACCCAUUACUUAGAAACCAGAAAAUACAUACAUAUAUAUGUAUAUAAUAUAUAUGUAAAUUAUAUAUAUUAGCAUCAAAGGGGGCAGGAGUGAAGAAGAUAUAGAUCUGCACUAAAGACAAUAUUAAACUGGCCGAAAGUAAGCUCAAACUUCCAAUUUAUGUGACCACAACUUUUACUUUUGCCCACAACAAAAAUAGUUGUGGGUUAUUAGGUUUUCCUCUAGCUUUUGACCUUUGUAGUUCUUAUACUUUAGAUGUCUCAGCAAGAAUAUUUGUACUCCCUAAUUUUUAUUUUCAGUGCCAAUGUUCAAAAUAAACUUUCUCCAAUCUGGGAACCUUUUUUAUUUCAUAUUUGUUGUUAUUUAGAAUGGUCCAGACUUCUGCUUUGUGUUUGCAUGCUGGUCUUCAGAUUAGGGGAAUCAAUGAAAACAGUAUGGUACUGCUUCUAUGAGAAAUAUCAGUGCCUUAAUAAUGUGGCUGUCGUUUUCCACUGAAAAAAGACCUUUUGAUCUAGAAAUGGCAUUGCUACUUCAUUGCUGUUGGUUUUAUACUGCCUUCCACAUUGCAACAGCGACUUGAUUUGUCUUGUGGUCCUAGAAUUUUCUAGAAGAAUGAAUUGAACCUGCAGUGGCAUUGUCAGUACAGACCAGUGAUUCUGAAACUUUAGGAUGCCUCAGAAUCACCUGGGAGCUUAUUGAAAUGCAGAUCCCAGAUACACAGUAAAUCUGCCUGUGAAGCAUGAUAGUCUGCAUUUUUAGCAAGCAUUCAGGUGAUGCUGAUGCAAGUGAGCUGGGGGCAUAUGUGGACGAACCUGCCAGAGAAUAUCCAUUGCAUUUUUGCCUCUAAACAUCUACAGAGUUUUGUAGGGUUUUAAAUCAUGUAAAAUGUUUACUUAUUCUGAGUUUAGAAUGGGGAGGGCUUAUUUUGUUUCUUUAAAUUUUUCUUUGUUUUAAGAUUAUAGGUAUUAGUGUUUUCCCCACUUGAGUUAGCUUUGGCAUUAAAUCUAUUGCCACUUUAUUUGUAACACCAGCCAAAAUUUUCCAGAUGAAGUUAAGUUUGACUCUUCAGGAGUUAUUGUACAUAAAGGCUUCAUCCAAGAACCAUCCAGUGUGUGUGAGCAAAUGCAAAAAUGACACACAAGCACAAUUCUCCAGAUGUGGCAGUCCUUUUCCUUUGUCAGUGCAAACCUUCACUGAAAGCUGCUAUUUUCAUCCUUCUUGUAAUUGUUUUCUUGUUUCUCUUCCACUGUUCGUGUGGGUUAUAUACCAUGUGUUAAAUAUGCAAUAAAGUGUUUACUGGAUGCCCUUCUGAAGGGUAGUCCUUUGUAAAGCUGUACAGACUUUGCAGUUUAAGCACAAUGUGCACAUGUUAGUUUUAUAUACAGCAGAACUUCAUUUUUUGCAGAUGGAAAGUUAUUUUGUUUCUAUACAAAGUGAAUGGGUUGUUUGUGCUUAAUGUAAAGCCGCUUUAUAAAACUGUAAAAAUAAAGUUUUUAUCUUAAAAGGAA